GGCGUGGCUUGUUUACACCACUGAGGAGUAAACAUGGUGCAAAGUCUUGCUGAAAUGAUUUAUGAUUAAGUCGCUAGCCUAGCUCACCUACAGUUCUUCCUUAUGACUCACGCUCUAAGGCAAAACUGCGGCAGCUUUCUGUACGACAGUAUCAGCCGCGAGUGGCUCUCAGAAGAGGAGAGACAAGCUUUUGACAGAGGUGACUUGAAAAGCCACACAAGUGAGACAACAGGUGCAACUAUGGGGGACAUUGAAGAGAGUGUGUCUGGUCUGCCCAAAGAGUGGCCGCUGUUUGACUCUCCAGUGCUCAGCAGUGUACGCGUGACUGGCUUUGUGGAGAAGAACGGAAUCACUUACUUCACGGUGUGUCCUGUGCUGGGAGGGUUCCAAUGGACAGUGUUGCGGACCUACCAACAGUUUGUGGAUCUGCACAAAGUGCUAGUGAGUCUGUACGGAGUGGACCGUCAGCUCCUCCCAUCGCGAGGAGUGCUCGGUUUCUUUGCCAAGCUCAAGAAAGGGGAACUAAUGGAAACCCAGGGUGUGCUGGAGGGCAUGCUCAUGGCCGUGGUACAGAACUGUCCAGUCGCUCCGACAGAGCUCUUCAAGUUUCUGGAGUACCCGUUCUGUGACGUUCUGAGUGUGACCCAGGGCCUGGCCCGCUUCUUCUAUCAGCAAGGAGAUGUUGUGAUUGCCCAGGACAAGGCAGUUCAGAUGAGCCCUCUACAGCUGCACUGUAUGAAUCGGAGACUCUUCCUACCCAUGGCCUCGAGUGAAAGUGGCAAAAUGAAGGAUGAUUUCGGACAUCUGUUAGAUUUUGUUCAGAACCUCAAGAAGCUCAAGAUAGCACCGCCAGCUGAAGAGUUGUUUGCAAUACGUGAACCCGGCCAGUUGACUUUUGACCUAUCACUAAUGAAGUCCAUCACAGUGCUUUUUGUGGACAGUAUUUGCAUGCACCAGUUCCAGGGGAGACAUCAGUUCCCAGGGCAACUACAAGCUCUGGAAGUUCGCAGAACCAUCGCCUCCUUGAAGGAGAUACUAGUUGUGUUCUCUCCCUCCGAUGUCGAGUAUUGUGACGAGGCGUCCAUGUUUGAAGCUCCGCCUAACUACGUUCCCAAGCCAAUGCCGAAGCCGAAGCCGUCACUCUCUGAACCAGAUUACAGUCGAGCCUUGAGGUGGAAUUACUUGAGGCAUGCCAACUUCAAACUAAACCAGCUAACCAAAAUCGACGAUAGUUUGAAACUUUUGCCCUAUCUGGAGAAACUGGAUCUGAGUUUCAACUAUAUCGAAGAUAUCGAGAACCUCACUGAGCUGCCCCACCUCCGAGUGCUUGACCUCUCCCGCAACAAGAUCUCUGACCUGAGCAACCUACACAAGAAAAUGGGCAAUGUCAAGAAACUCAGUCUCUCCAGCAACUCAAUCAUUUCACUCGAAGGAGUGGAGAAGACAUUCUCACUCGAGUAUUUCGACUUGGGGAACAAUCACAUUUCAGACGUGGCUGAAGUUGGGAGGCUGUCACGACUAGCCAACCUAAACUAUCUGAUCCUCCAAGGCAACCCGCUCGAACAGUCCCCUUCUUAUCGAUCGCAGGUCUUCAGUCAGCUGCCCAAGACAGACGAAAGGGUGGCAUUGGAUGGGAAGAAAGCGUCCAUCGACGAGCAGUACAUCAGCAUCUCCCUGAACACACCCACUCUGGGCCACAAGAGGGUUCCCUCCAGGACUGCGGACAUUUCCCUAGACACUGACGAACAGGAGACCAAGGAAGCCGCUUCGGAGGUGGAGGAGGGUAUGAGUCUGACCAAUCAGCUGGAGGAACUGCGGAAAGAGGGCGGAGAUAAAUGGCUGGCCAUACUCAACGCUGACAAGAAAAAGUCUGAGAACGAGGUAGUCUCUUUGAGAAGAAGUCCAACGAAGAAAAAGAGAAAGUCUACUAAGACUCACAGAGACAAGAAGAGAACAACUCCUGAAGCAUCCCUGAAUGUGGAGGCAUCCCUCGUUGACCUAGAGGUGAACAUGUCUCCAGCAAUGGCUCAAAUGGUGGCAGCCAAACAGGAAACAGACUCUCCUCAAAACCUGACCACGUCCAUUAACUUCCUGGUCACGGUUCACGAGUACGUCGGGUCCCUACAGACCUUCUCGACGGGGGACAUGGACCAGCUGUUGCUCAACUGUCGUCUGGAGGAGGCCACCGUCAGCGUUGACCCCACCGUCAACAAGAUUCUAGAGGUCGUCAUGGCAGCCAACAGGACACGGGCGCAGAGGGACCUAGCCCUACUGAUGAAUAUGAAGGUUCACGAGGGCAAGCGAUUGGCUCUGUGUCUCCAGUUCAUGACCUUAGGCUCCUCCUCCAUGUGGGUGGUUUAUUGUGUCCCAACAAUGGACGCUCUCGUGAGAAUGUACAGCUGUGUACGGGCCACCAUGCGGAGCAGAUCAACGACUCCUGAGGCAUCACUGGCCCUCCUCGAAAUCACGAGCAUCGUCAGUCCUCAAUCGCCGACAAGUCCACCCUCCGAUACGCUCAGCCCAAAACUUGAGAUCACCGAAUCGAUGAGCAGUGCAGAACAAACCUUUUCAUUGUCUGAUAUCAAAGACGGCAGGCCUGCCUUGAGCCUCGAGUCUACCAACAGUAAAGGGUCAACGCAAAGCUCACUGAAUCUAACACAAUCUCCAAAUAGCAGCUUGAAACAAAACAGUAGCUUGGAUUCCGAUAUACUAACCAUAGAGUCUUCGAUAAAGCCACUGUCAAAUUGUAGCACACCCACCUCUCGCAAAUCUCCGAUACACCUGAACGAAAGGUCCGUCACCCCCGAACCAAACGUACAGUAUCACCAAGAGGUGAGACGAGAUCGUCAAGACGAAACAGCUAUCUCAUCUGCCGUAGAAAUCUCAAGAGCCUCUCGAGACUUCCUUGAAUCUGGAGUUUUCGAUCCACCCCCCGGGCAGGAUUUGAUUCCGUCGAAAAAUGUCACUCCAAAGACAGUUAAAAAGCCUGGACUUGAAAAUGAACAGUUAGCGAAUUUCUUCAGCGGUUUGGUUGCUAGUGACUGUAGUGAAGUGAUUGUGAGUGUGGUGUGGGGAGGGUGCUGCAUUACAUCGUCUCCGUCUUGCGAGAUUGAAACGGGGCUGAUUGUCAGCGACAAAGCCGUGUAUCUUAUGGAGGUCCUGGAUCCAUGCAAGCACAAAACGAGGAACUUAUCUUGGGAAACGGACAACCUGCCAUUGGCCUGUAUAAUGAGCUGCCCACUAGCGACUGUGACAAGGGUUGCAACUGGAGUAUUUGAUCAGAGCGUUUGUCUGGAAUUUAUCGAGAAAGGACUUCUCAAAUCGUUUGCACUUUUACCGAGAAAGUACGAUCAGAUGGUUGCUAUCACCGAAAACAUCAAAGCUGUCAUGGAUAACUUGAAAAUCUAUCACUGUGUUAUGACCACAAGAGAAACGAUCAUAGCUCCUCAACAAGCAGACGGAGCAUUGUUUGUAACCUCAGACAGUUCAGACCUUCUAAGGCUCAAGGAAGACCUCAUCUGGCCGAAAACUAUCGCUCAAGUUGGUAACUUCAUUGCUGUCACGUCCAAAAGCGAAACUGUACUCGCAAGUCAUUUCGAAACUGAAGUGAAACGAAUCUCAGAAGACCAAGCACAAAAGUUUGAAAUUGUCCAGCACGUGAUGGUGGGAGAGAUAUGUACCGAUGUCCUCCCUCUAAGUAUAGGUCAACCGCACCUCCGAACAAGAACUUUAAUUCUCACCAACGACACCAUUUAUCUGUGCAUUGAAUCUCUCUUGUCUUGGCCCCAGGGUGGGUCCAUCAAGUUCCCACUCCCCCGUACGGUCGUGUUGGACUCCCACCCUCUCAAAUUUGUGAGCAAGAUAAAGAUCUGUGACCGGGCUCAGCACGUUGUUGCACACGCCGACCCUGUGUACGAGUUUGUGAUCAAGUUUGAGGUUGUCAACGAGGUCCCCGGAACGGAGAAAAGUGUGUUUCGAUGGAAGUUGUGUGUGCAGGACCGCGAGUGUUUAGAUCAAUUUAUGGUGAAUUUGACGAAUUUCUCAAAAGAUUUGAGACAAGAAGAAUUGAAGACUGUGCACGCCACUGAUUCUAUCACUGACACUCUGUCUCUACAGCCAGUCUCAAAAUCGAGAAAAAUCUCAGUGCCGAAAGUGAAUGGAGGAAAAAGCCGAAACCCCGUGUUUUUUCAGAGUGAGGUACUGCUCGAUUUUGCCAAACAAUCUAAUUACCAGCGAGGAAAGUUUUUCAAGAAACAUGUGGCACAAGCCGAGUUUAUCAAGUCAGAUGAAAUUCCCUUAUGCACAUUUCUCGCUCACUGCUCAACUUCCAGCCCAACACAGGACCAUAUUGAGAUUGAAGUGUGCUUGUUGACCAGCAACUAUGCCAUUUAUCUACUGUCUGAUGUCGAUUCAAUUCGAAAAUGGAUGGACGAUGGAGGUGCCUUUUCUUUUCAGCGCAUGUCACUCCUCAGUAAGAAAGAUUCCUCAGACGUCAGAUGCUUCCAUCGAAUUUGGCUCAGCGAGGUAAAAGAAAUCAAGCUAGGCCUGUUUCAUCUCUCAGCAACUAUUUCGUAUGCACCUGCUAAAAGCAGUUCUCCGAGUCCGUCCAUUACCAUACACACGGACAACCAGUUUGCCACUGUCAGUCUACUCAGCUCCCUCUCGUGCACUUUGAACCUCCAAAACUCUGCUGAAGAAGAAGAAAUUUCCGACCUCGACUUCUGUGACCUUGUCUCUGAAUCUGUGGCCGCCCAGAAGAUCAAGAAAGGUUCAAAGAUGGACGUUGAAUGUAUUCCGCACCCGGACAUCAGUAUUGACAAAUUGAAGGAGAUUUUGAUCAGUAUUAGCCCGAGUAUUACGAGGAAUUCGUCAAUGGAAAACAUCACGAUGAGUAUGCAUGUUCUCUCUGCUCAAGUGAUGCUAUUGGUCGAAGAGUUGCAUAUACGAGACACAGUCAGCGUGCAAGCGAAACCACACCUAGUGCACCUGACAAAUUAUGGCCUGUACGUCUGUCGAAAUGCAAAGGAUGAAUACUACUCUCCGUCUGUUGCUGCUCCUAGCGAUCUAAGGGUUAAAAAAUGGUGCCAUAUUGAUUUAAUCGAACACCUGUCCAUCAAGCUACCUUCCCCACCCGCUUUUGUGAACCACACCCUCUACGUCUCAAUUCGAACUCCUCAAGCUACAAUGUCGACAAAAGACAGUGGAAUGACUUUCCUAGUACAGAACAGUGAACUGUUGCAUUUCUUUGUUCAUUUACUGUCCAAUCUUUGGUCCGUAAGAACAGGAAAAUAUUUACCAAUUAACACCCGUUGAUUUGUGUUGUUUAUGUAGUCACAUGUCGUCACGUCAUGUAUAUUUUAUAUGCUGUCCUUUUUGUUCAAUUAUGAUUAUUGCACUAUAACAAUGUGUGCACUUUAUAGUUCAAGAAUUAACGUAUGUAUUAUG